CGGGGCAGAACCCUAGGGGCGCUGUGUUGCCGCCUCCUGGUCUCGCUUAGCUGUGUAAACCUUGCCGCCCGGUUACCCUCGAGUCUCUCAGCUCCCGACUUUCGCUCUAGGAGGCCUUGGCCGAGCGCCGGGAGGGGCGCUGUGUUGAAAGCCACCCACCCUCUUUCCAAAGCAGUGUCCUGUGCUAAAGGUACUGAUUAGGAUGAAUGUGAUUUGGAGAAAUUCUGUUUCCUGUCUAAGGAUAAGAAAGGUGCCACAUAGAUACCAAAGUGGUAAUCACCCAGCGGCCCCUCUGGGAUCAAGGAUUUUAACUGACCCAGCCAAAGUUUUUGAACACAACAUGUGGGAUCACAUGCAGUGGUCAAAAGAAGAAGAAGCAGCAGCCAGAAAAAGAGUAGAGGAAAACUCAGCUGUGCGAGUCCUUCUGGAAGAACAAGUUAAGUAUGAGAAUGAAGCUAGUCAAUAUUGGGAUACAUUUUAUAAGAUUCAUAAGAAUAAGUUUUUCAAGGAUCGUAAUUGGCUGUUGAGGGAAUUUCCUGAAAUUAUUCCAGUUGAUCAAAAAACUGAAGAGAAGACACAAGAAUCAUCAUGGGAUAAUGUGAAAACUGGUGCUGCAAAUUGUUUCUCAAGAACGCACUGCCCUAUUAUGCCUGAAGAAAAAAAUCUUGGUAUGAAAAGGUGUGGUUCAUCAGAUGGUCCAAGCAAAGCAAGAUCUCAUUUUUCCAACCUAGACUCUGAAGAACACAGCGAAGGACCUCUGAAGACCGAAUUGUUUCCUGGUAGCAGUGCCACUUUCAGAAUCCUUGAGGUUGGCUGUGGUGCUGGAAAUAGUGUUUUUCCAAUUUUGAACACUUUACAGAAUGCUCCAGAGUCCUUUCUUUAUUGUUGUGAUUUUGCUUCCGGAGCUGUGGAACUAGUAAAGUUGCACUCAUCCUACAGAGCAGCUCAGUGUUGUGCCUUUGUUCAUGAUGUUUGUGAUGAAGAUUCACCGUACCCUUUUCCAGAUGGGAUCCUGGACGUCAUUCUCCUUGUCUUUGUGCUCUCUUCUAUUCAUCCUGACAGGAUGCAAGGUGUUAUAAACCGACUGUCCAAGUUACUGAAGCCUGGGGGAAUGCUGCUAUUUCGGGACUAUGGAAGAUAUGAUAAGACUCAGCUUCGUUUUAAAAGGGGGCAUUGCUUAUCUGAAAAUUUUUAUGUGCGAGGAGAUGGUACCAGAGCAUAUUUCUUUACGAAAGGGGAAGUCCACACUAUGUUCUGCAAGGCUGGGUUAGAUGAGAAGCAAAAUCUGGUUGAUCGUCGCUUACAAGUUAAUAGGAAAAAACAAGUGAAAAUGCACCGAGUGUGGGUUCAAGGCAAAUUCCAGAAACCAUUACACUUGACUCAAAAACCCUCCAAAUUGGUAUCACCACUCCUUUCUCAUGGCUGAGUUAUGUAUCAUGUUAAGGUACAAACCAGAGGAUUACACUAUUCAAAGACUUCUGUAAAUCUUUCAUUUUUGAAAGGGAAGACAAGAGAAUUUGUAUAUCCUGCUGUUUAUCAUGGGUGAGCUCUUUUGUUCAUUUUAAGCACUGGUAAAUGAUUUGGAAGAGUAUAUCAUAUUCUGUGCUCAAGCUUGUUUGGGUUUAUUGUGUCUAACCAUUUUGUUUGUUCUUUGAAUUUUAUAAGCAUUCAGUUAAAUGACUGAUAUAAGUCAGAUGAUUCUGAGAAACUAUACCCUGCCAUUUUUUAGAAGUGGGAAAAAAACAUCUAUUUAUACAUUAGUCUAACACAGUUAAAUUCUCUUCCUCUCUUAUCUGAUAACGGAAAGGCAGCUCUCCUCAUUUCCUUGGCCAGUCACAAAACCAAGACUAAGGUGUUUGUUUUGUUGUUGACUGUUUUUUCCCAAAACUCUUUUUUUUUUUUUUUUUUGAUUCAGAAACUAAUGUCUGAAAUAGAAUGUUAGUUUCUCUUUCCUUUCCUAAAAUUGGGGAAGUAUGACCCAAGCUAACAUUAUUUUCAGGCUAUUCUUAGACAUACAAGUUGUAAUCUCUCUUUAAGACAACUGCUAUACAUGAGAAAAUUCUUAAAUUGUAGCAAUUAAAAAUUUAUUUACCACCUUGCCUCAAAAAGGGUAUAAGUUGGCUUUCAAAUUGUACUUUGUAAAAACAGAGUUUCUAAGAUUGGUUUUUCGUUUUGUUAUACAACAUCUACUGGGUACUUACAUUGUGCAAAAUUGUAUGGAGUAAUACAACAAAGACUCAGUCCUGUCUUCAGGGAGCAUAAAUAGGAUCUGGCUGGCAAAGAAAAAUGUGCACAUCCCAAGCCUCUCAAUCACAAUCUCUGAUAAUAUAUGAACAGGUACUCAAAUAGGGAACUUAUCAGCUAGUGGACUUUGGUUAUGAGCCACAGAAAUCUGGAAGAAAUGGAUAGUCUCUUGAAGGACCACCAUGGGAAAAAUUUAGUUCCCACUGUUUUUUCCUUUUUGAAUUCACUUAAAAUUCAGUUUUCUGUAAGAAUGUGAUUGGUCCCACUUGGGUCAUGGAUUCAUCUCUUGACAGGUUGGGGCAGGGUGGCUUCAUUGACAAUGCAACUGAAUGUAUGGAGUGGAGAAAAGUUCCUCAAAGGAGAAUGAAGACCCUGUUAUCAAAAAAAGAGAAGAGGGAUGCUGCCUAGUCAUAAACAUGUCACAUAGUAGUGGUAGCAGCAGCAAUAGUGGUUCCAAAGAGAGAGAAAGAUUAGCUGGUGGGAAGAAAAGGGGAAGUAUCAGCAUUCUGGGGGAGGUGGGUGUCAGGCUAGUCCUUGAACAUGUGCUCUCAGAAGAUGAUGAAAGACAAGUGUGUUUGGUAUGGACCAUUCGAGAUGAGGAAUCAUGGACAGAAGAUAGGGAGGUCAGCUUAUAGACAGCUUUGAAUAGAAGAGCACAUUUUGGGGGGGCGCUUGGGUGGCUCAGUCAGUUAAGCAUCCAACUCUUGAUUUCUACUCAGGUUAUGAUCU